AUGGCACAUAUCUGGGCAACUCACCGCGCACCCAACUACGAGCGCUUCGCCGAGCGAGAGAAGCCGAACUGGUUCAAGGAUGCCAAGCUCGGUAUCUUUGUGCACUGGGGGCCAUACUCUGUUCCGGCAUGGGCCGAGCCGACCGGCGAGCUUGGCAAGAUUGACACAGUUGAACCUGAACAAGUACACAAACACAACCCGUACGCAGAGUGGUACUUCAACACCAUGCGCUUCCCCGAUGGCCCGACCGCCGAGCACCACAGGAAAGUGUACAACGAUGCCCCGUACGAUGAUUUCCUGGACACCUGGAAAGCAAAGGACUUUGACGCAGACAAGCUGGUGAGGAUGUUCAAGCGUGCGGGGGCCAGGUAUGUCGUCCCCGUGUCGAAGCACCAUGAUGGUGUGACCUUGUGGGACGCACCUGGUACUGGCGAGCGUAACACUGUUCACCGCGGACCAAAGCGCGACCUCAUCGACGAGUGGGCCCAGGCGUGCAAGAAGGAGGACGUCAAGUUUGGUGUCUACUACUCGACCGGUAUCGACUGGCAUGUAUGGCCGACAGCUGAACCGUACCACGUCAACAACCAGAUCCGGGCAGGCAUCAACGACCAUGAGUACAACGAGUACGCGUGGAGGCACUGUCACGAUCUCAUUGAGAAGUACAAGCCAUUCAUGCUCUGGGGUGACAUUGACUGGCCCAAGGCCGGUGUCGCUCCAGGAAAAUACAGCGUGGAAGCUCUGUUGGACGAGCUGUACACUGCCAAUCCGGAGGCAGUCGUUAAUGACCGCUUUGGUGACACACACUGGGACUUCCAGACGGUCGAAUACGGCUUGGGAGAACCACCCAAAGACACUCAGAUGUGGCAAUUCACUCGUGGUAUCGGACUAUCGUUUGGGUACAACCAGGUGGAGGACGAGUCACAUUCGCUGAGUGGGCUGGACGUUCUGCGCCUGCUUAUCGAUGUGUGCUCGAGCGGCGGUGAUCUGUUGCUGAACGUGGGACCCGACGCCGACGGUAACAUUCCACCUGUCCAGAUGCGCUGCCUCGAAGCUCUGGGGGACUGGAUGGACGUGAAUGGCGAGGCAAUCUAUGGCACCAGCAAAGUCGAUGCUGAGAUUGCUACUCCUCAUGGCAAGACAGAAGGUGAAUGGGUCCGGUGGACGCGCAAGGGCGACCGCCUGUUUGCGUUUGUGGAUGGAACCGAAGGAGAGGUCACGCUGCCCGUCAAACUCGACAGGGUGGACAUGACUGCUGCUAAGCUCCUCAACGGCGAUCAGGUCGACGUCCAAAGCGGUGGGGUGGUGGAUGUCUCCAAGUUGCCUACCCAACUACGACCUGCGUGCAUCGAGUUUAGAAUUCGCUAG